GAAAUUUCUGAAAUUUUAUUGUCAAAGUUUGUACUAUAACCUUUUGCAUACUUUCCGUGGUGGUUUUUCCUCUCAAUCUAGCUCCUUGAUUGUUUUCAUAUGAAUUCCUUUCUUCUUUUCUCGUUUCCUGUUAAUCCUUUUUAUUUCUGUUUGAAUCUGGAGUUGCAACCUCGGUAAUCUUACGAUGUAAUGUUUUUGGUUGAUUUAUUGCAUACAUUAUGCUUAAGUAAUAUCUAAGUGUCGCAAAUAUUGUGAUUCGAUAGUCACAUAAAGAUUUGCAGAAACUAGAUGACAAAGAUUUGAUAUGGUUGGCUUGUGCUUUAGCAGUAAGAAUACUCAUAAUGUGGAGCGAGGGUCUAAUGCGCAAGUUACCUAUCAGCUGCUGAUUCAUGGAUACUGGUAGCAAUAAGUUCGGGAGAGGUUGGAAUGAUCUUUGUCAGGAUGAGAAUUUGGCCCAGAGAACUUACAGGUGGUCUAGAUCUUAUAAGUUACUACAAGUUGUUGCCUCACCAUGAGUUUUUCUGCAAGAAGUCGGGUUCUGUGUCACUUCUAGACACGCACUACCUUUACGAUGUGGUUGGAGAUACAGAUAUUAGGAAAGGGGAGGGGAUGCAAUUGGAUCAGCUCAUUCAGAAUACUUUCCCCAGAAAUACUAAUUCAUGCAUUGAGCCAUUCAAUUUAGAUGUCCUUGGAGAAGCCUUUCACCUCCAGGAAUCAGCAUCAGUCGACCUACCCCCUUCUGAGAAGGGAAUUCCUACUGUUGCUGUCAAACCUAAAAGUGAGUUUACAGCCAAGGACAAGCAUAAAAAGCACAAGGACAAAGACAGAGAGAAAGAUAAAGACUUCAAGAAGCACAAACAUCGGAGUAAAGAAGAGAAGGAGAAAAAGAAAGAUAAAAACCACCAGAAAAGGAAGCGUGAUGCAGAUGAGGAUACCAAUGGCAGUAAGAAACACAGAAAAAGUAAGGAUAAAAGCUCAAAGAAUGAGGUGGGAUUAAAGGUUAGCAGCAUGAGAAGUUGUGAAUGACCUCCCCAUGGCUUUAUAUUUGGAUCAACUGAGAAUUGUCAAGAAGGUGAAUGGAGUCUAGACAAGGUUGAAUGCCAAAAAGGGAUCGCUGUCAUUAUACAUCCGUCAGUUGCUUCAGAAAUUCUUUAUUGGAUAUAUCAAGAUACGGUUGACAUCUACCCCAUCAAAGUUUUUCUUGAUGUCGCCAUUUUGGAAAUUCUACCCUCUGUUUUUACAGCAUUUUUCUCUAAACUGUAGGUCCAGGUCUUGCCAGGAAAGAUAAAAAAUGAAAUUUGUGUCGAGUUAGAUUGUGUGCAUUCUAUUUUGUUUUAUUCUUGUUAGCUCAUGAUUUCUAGGUUUGUUUAUCCUCAGAGGCCAAACUUUGUAUAUGAGAAUGUGGAAAUUUUAUGUUAAUGAGGAAAACUACUGGUGGUCCAUGUAUGA